AUGUCGAAGCCGGUGGUCGUCGCCUACCUUCUUCUAGCCGUCGCCAUCCUCAUCCUCCUCUCCUUCUCCAGAGCACCGCACAUGGCCUCCAGGCAUCCGCGCAGUCGCCGGCUAGCCCACCCCCACCACGUCGCCUUCGACCCUCUCCUUGUCCAGAUCGAGCGCCGGGCCGAGGAGCGCGGCCUGCUCGACGUCGAGACCUUCAAGCGGAAGCUGGACGACAUCUGGGCGAGGCAGGAUUGGAGCAAGAUGGCGGAGGAGAUCGGCAUCCUCGAUGAGUACUUCGGCGAGGACGGCCGGCUUAACCUGACGGAGAGAUUGGCGUAUCUUUUCCCGUUGUUAGAUAGGUUACCGCAGGACGGGGGAAUAAGCCGCUACGAGCUCGAGGUCUGGAAUCAGAGGCAGGCGUUGGACCGGCUGAUCUACCACACCGAGCGGAAGAUGAAGCUCCACGAUCACGACGGAGAUGGCGCCGUAACGCUUCCAGAGUUCCUGUCGUAUCUCCCAGACGAAGAAACAGCAAGGAACAGCAAGGAACAUGGUGAACCUGGGUGGUGGAAGGAGCAGUUCUCUAAUGCAGAUAGGGAUGGCAAUGGCUUUCUCAGCGCAUUCGAAUUCAAUGAUUUCUUACAUCCCGAAGACAGCACCAACCCAAAGGUACAGCUAUGGCUGCUGAAGGAGAAACUAAGGGAAAUGGAUGAGAACAAAGAUGGGAAGUUAAGCUUCGUGGAAUUUGGUGGUAGAGCGCAGGAAAUAUAUCAAACAUACGCCGAGUUUGAAGAAGAUGACCUCCGACACCAUGAACUCAACGUUGAGGAUGAGUUCAGAAAGCUUGAUAUCAACAGAGACAGAUUUCUGACAGCUGAAGAACUGAAGCCUAUCAUCCAUCGCCUCUACCCCGGAGAGCUUUCCCAAUCUAAAUAUUAUACCAAGUACUUGAUGCAUAAGGCCGAUGACGAUGGAGAUGGCAAGUUGACGCUGGAGGAGAUGCUGCACCACCAGUAUGCUUUCUACAGCACCGUCUUUGAGGAACAGCAAGUUGACGACUACGACGACUAUGAUUACCAUGACGAGCUCCGGCGAUGA